AUGGGGCCGCGCGCGCGGGGAUGGGCUUGCCUCGGGGCGCCCUCUGCCAGGGGAUGGGGCCCGUGGCGGGCCUGGCUCCGUCUCCAUGGCAACGGCAAGCCGGCCGGCGUGGGGCGGCGUGCGGAGAGCACCGGGCCCCUCGCGGACGGUCGCCGGGAGCAGCAGCAGCAGCGACGGUGGCGGCAACAGCAGCAGGAAAACUGGAGCCGCCGGAACAGGACGGUGCUGACCUACCUGGCGGCCGGGGUGGUGGGCAUGGCGGGCGUGUCUUACGCUGCGGUGCCGCUCUACCGUCUCUAUUGCCAGGCUACUGGACUUGGUGGGUCAAUAGUAGAAGGUCAUGGAUCAGACCAGAUUGAGACAAUGGAGCCUGUAAAAGAUCGCAUUAUUAAGAUUACCUUCAAUGCAGAUGUACAUGCAAGUAUUCAGUGGAAUUUCAGGCCUCAGCAGACUGAAGUAUAUGUUGUUCCAGGAGAGACUGCACUAGCAUUUUACAAAGCAAAGAAUCCCACUAAUAAACCAAUAAUUGGAAUAUCUACAUACAAUGUGGUGCCUUUUGAAGCAGGGCAGUAUUUCAAUAAGAUACAAUGUUUUUGCUUUGAAGAACAACGACUUAAUCCACAUGAAGAAGUUGACAUGCCAGUAUUUUUCUUCAUUGAUCCUGAAUUUGCAGAAGACCCAAGGAUGGCAAGAGUUGACUUGAUCACUCUUUCUUACACAUUUUUUGAAGCAAAAGAAGGGCAGAAACUGCCGUUACCAGGCUAUAAUUAAUAGUACAACAUAGCAUCUGGACUCUGCAUUAGAGAUUUCUCUGCUGUUCAAGAUUGAUGAUCACAGACUGGUGCAAAAGAACAUCACUCAACUCAGGAAGAGCAUGAUGAAAAACUGUAAAGCAGAAAUUGUAUUUUAAAUGUUGAAUAUGUACAGAUAUGUGGUUCUUUUAGAAAUGUGAUAUUUAAUUUUGCACACAACCAUGAUUGUGAAUUCAAAGAAAUAAUAGACAAAUGCACAUCGGUUAUUUUCAUCGCUCUCUGACUAUCAAUAUAUGUUAUGAAUUGGUUGUAAAAUUUAAAAAGCACUUUUAAAAGACUUCAAUUUCCACAUGGUUAUUUAAAGCAUAAGCCUAUUGAUUGCACCCUUGCUGCUUGGAAGCCUCUGAGGUUACUAUGCCCUGCCACGCUGUAGCCAGCAGGGCUGGAGGAGCAGUGGAGGAGAUCUUUGUUUCUCCAUCAUCAGUGUUUGGUGAUUUUUGGCUUUUUAGUCAAUCUGACAAGGGCGCUUUGGAAGGGGAGAGAAGGAAGCUGGAGGAGAUUCAGUUUAUCUCGUAUCCUGGCCUCUCUAGUCUCUUCCCCUCCCACCAAAAUGCCUCCCUUCCUCCUCUAAGAUUGCUUCUCUGACCUUGGAGAGGCAGCUGGUGUGGUUCUCUGCACCAACUGUGAGGGGUUGGGGUCUGGAUCUCCAACUCUCCCUUCCAAGGUCAGAGCACUGUCUCAAACCUCUGAGCGCUUUUCCGAACAAUGUUAUGGUCCCUGGGAUGCUCUCCCAAGGACCGUAGGAUUACUUUCUUAAACCCUUUGCCAAAAAUGUUAAUUGGAGAUGAGAUGUCAGAGGGAAAAAUACUUGUAUGCCUAUGCUUUUGGGAUUUGAUUUGGGUUUGGCAAAUAUAACACUGCUAGAUAUGAACUCACUGCUCCACAUUAUAUCAGAGGUAGCAUUGUCUGGUGAAAUUUCUAAGAGGCUUUAAUGAAAGUGUAGAUGGUGUAAUGGAAUAUUUUUGAUGUUAAAACUCUGUUCUAUGCAGUAGACGACUUCUUUUCAAUAGCCAAACUUACAUUUUGUUGAGUAAUCUCUAACCAAGCCAAAAUCAACAAAAAGCAGCACAUAUAAGCUACUUGAUUAUUUAGUCUUAAGUAUGACUACUAUUCAAAGAUUUGGCAAUGGUUUUUUGCAAAUCACAUCCAUUUGACAAUCUGAAUAUAGCUAAUGAAUCAGGCUGCACAAAGGAGCUUUCUUACCUAUAUUUCUGCUAUAUUUUGAAGUAUGUGAAAGCACUUAAAUUUUAAAAACUAUCUUAGAAACUUGCUAAUAUAACUUUCAGAAUAUUUCCUAGAAGCAUGCUACUUCGUUGAUUACAGUUUUGCCUGAAGCAGUGAGAAUGCAAUGAAAAUGUCAGCUCAAAGCUGGAUGACAUCAGAGCAAAUAAACCAAUAAAUAAGUAUGGUGCUUCCUUGCAAUGACAUGGAAGUAUUACGCAUAAAAUACAGAGGAAAAACAAUAGAACCAAGAGGGAGUGUAAAAAUGGAGUUGUAUACCUGCUGGAACCAUUCAUCGCUAAAUAACUCAGUUUUCACCCCCAGUUUAUUUAUUUGGAUUGUAUAAAAACAGCACAGCAGCUGUAUAACAUCAUAUUGCAUACACAGCAGUUGGACUUCAAACACACCAACUUACAUUGCCAAGCACUGAUUUAAGAGUGGCUAUUUGUAAUGACGUUUAUUACAUUUAAGUUAGGACACUAAGUCUAAGGAAAGUACAUAUUUUAAUCAAGGAGAAGGCACUUCUUCCAGUCAACCUUUUGCAGUAUACAUCCCACGAUGGAAUAAAUCUCCAUUAGUACGUAAAGAUAAUUGAAGUUGCUGGGAAUAGGAAAGCAGAAACAGAAACAAAGGUGAAGAGACUCCAAAGUACCAUGUUGUGGGGUACUCCUCCCAUUUAAUGUCUUGCUGUAGUUGUUCCCAUUGGAGUCCACAAAACCUAGGGGACUCUACUGCUUGUGCAGUAUUUAACUCUUUAUCAGAGAACGAAUUCAUGUAAGAAAGGUGAUUUAAAGGGUGGUAAGACAGUAGGGACCGAGACUUGCUACUGCAACAAACCUUGUGGUUUUAAACAAUUCACAUUUUCUUUUAGAAUAGCUUGUGCAUGUUUCAGAAUUUGUGCAUUAAAUAACUUUUGAAAAAAGUGCUGUAGUGAUUAGUCAUCAGAAGAAAAAGAAAUGUACUGUAAGGCCAUCUAGCUUCAGCACAUCUAUAACCCUGGUUAGCAACCGUCUCACAGGAAGAUUGCAUGGAGGAGAUACAGAGUAAGGUUCAUCCUCCAAAGUACUCUGCCAGUAAAUUCUACUGCCAUAGCCACCAUAUACCAUUUUUUAUCUCUGGUUUAGCAAAGUAAGGUGCUAUCCAGUACCUAGGUACUGAACCCUUUUUUUACCAGUAGGAUUGCAUUUGAUACCAAUCAACUAAUUCUAGCUACUGUUCCAUUGUGUAGAUCUCCCAUGUG